AUGACUCUAGCUGUAGAUGCAUUAGACUUGGUCCAACAUAUUCGAAGAGCAGAGGAAGCCGGCGAGUCCCCUCCAUAUGCUACCAGCGCAAUCCUGCAGGAGAUCAACUCCAUCAAAGAAGUUCUCAACCGUCAACCCGCAUCAGACCAGAGCAUAUCACUUCACAAGCUCGCCGGGUUCCUCAGCUUUCUUCGGACCUUCAUCGACAAUCAGUCCACCACAGUCUCGGCAUCAGACAUGGCGAGACUAACCGUGACCGCCGACCACGCCGGCUCUUCAACCUACUCCAUGUCCGCACCAAGCGUAGACGGAGACCCAAAUCCAUACCCUGGCCUCCUCGCGCCCGCUCCCGCCCACGUCAUAUUCCGUCAUGUCGGCAAGAUCACAAUGAACAUGGAAAAAGAACCCGUCGACAUCCGCUUCACCUCCGUGUUGGACCCGACCUCCUUCGCCGUCUCCAACUUCUUUAAAGACAUCAGCCUCUUCGACGCCGCCUCCGGACAACGCAGAAGCACCAUCAAAGUCAAGGGGACACACAUGGUUUUCUCACCGCUGAUGGAUCUAGUCGCUGUAACGACGGAGCAUCACGAUGAAUACGUGAACCGGUUCCCCAAGACGAUCCUGACGUCGCAUGACAUGAUCCAUUUCGAGAGGCCGGCCCUAUACGUCGUCGACUGGGUUAACGACAACAGCCCCUACGCGCGCAAGUUCAUCCUACAGUGGCACGGCAUUCGUGCCUAUUCCUUCAGCCCCGACGGUCAGCUUCUAGCAAUCAAGGGAGUGCGCAACCGCGUUGAGAUCAUCACAGCCGCCAAGGGGCAAGGGUACAGCGUCAUCCGCAGCCACACGGACGAGGUCACGCAAGCGGAGUGGACGGCGGACUGCACCAGGCUCGUCACCGCGUCCAAGGACGGGACGCUGAGGGUCACGAAUGUCGAGACUGGCCGGAACAUUGCCAAGAUUGAGAUGGAGGACUGGAGGAAUCCGCUCCGGCUCGCAGUGAGCCCGACGGGAGUGAUUGCAUCAAUUUGGGGCAGGACAGUGACAAUAUGGGACUACGGGAGCGGCGCGAUGAACAGUUACAACCUCGAGACGGCCAAGGGAAGCGAGGGUACUCCGUUAGCGAUUUCACCUGACCUGCGAUGGGUUGCGUACCGGUCAGAUGAUGGCGCUGAUGUCACUGACCUGGCGACCGGAAGGGUGGUCUACUCGGCCACGUUGGAGUCGGGGUUCGCGGUGUCGGCUGCUUUCUCUGGUAACGGGCAGUACAUGGUCGUCGGGCGGUGUUUGCAUGGACAUCAUGCCAGGAACGAUUCCGGUAUCCUCAAUGUAUGGGAGAUUCAGGUUUGA